AUGGCCGCCUCGAUGAACGAAGAUCAGUACCACUCGAUGCCUCCCACUGGAGGCGAGGCCUGCCGUCCUCCCGGCGACUACCGCAUCCACAGUCACCGGACCACCGACCCCCAUAGCUCGGUGGAGGACUACAACCGAAUCAUGCUUGAAUACACGCAGCGCCGGAUGGCGGACUUCGCCGAGUUCGACGACGACAAGGGCUCGUUCCCGAGCCGGAGCAGCCGCAGCAGUCAGACCAGCGGCAACAGCGGCACCUCGACCAGCGGCGUGCUGGCCCGUCAAGCGGCUGGACCGACUUCUACUUCGGCGGGGUCUCCUCAUGCCUAA